CACCACCCCACGACGAAAAGCUGCCCGCCCACCGCCCGAGCCAAGACGCCACCAAAACCUCCCUCUAUCUCACGCGUCAACACCAUCACCAUCGCAACCCAAUCUCCGUGAUCGUCACCCACUGCGAUAUUUGGCAUCAACCCUUUGCCCGUCAUGGCUGAUUCCCUUACCGAAGAGCAGGUGUCCGAGUUCAAGGAGGCCUUCUCCCUCUUUGACAAGGACGGUGAUGGCCAGAUCACCACUAAGGAGCUGGGCACCGUCAUGCGCUCGCUGGGCCAGAACCCUUCCGAGUCGGAGCUUCAGGACAUGAUCAAUGAGGUUGAUGCCGACAACAACGGCACCAUCGAUUUUCCUGAGUUCCUGACCAUGAUGGCACGGAAAAUGAAGGACACCGAUUCCGAGGAAGAGAUUCGAGAGGCUUUCAAGGUUUUCGACCGGGACAACAACGGCUUCAUCUCUGCUGCGGAGCUGCGCCAUGUCAUGACCUCGAUUGGAGAGAAACUCACCGACGACGAGGUCGACGAGAUGAUCCGCGAGGCCGACCAGGACGGCGAUGGUCGGAUUGACUACAACGAGUUUGUCCAGCUCAUGAUGCAGAAGUAAAGAAAGAUAUCCUAGGUUUUCAAUGAUUUAUUUGCCCACCUGCGGCAUGAGCAGACAACGGAGAAUAGCUACGCAGCGUCGGGUAUUCCAUGUGUGUGCCGGCAAGGGUUGGCAGAGGCUUCGGGAAUAUCUCUCUUCCUUUCCAUACUUGAUAUUGGCAAAUUUUAUGAACGCGGGGUGAUGCAUUGGUUGAUGUCAGGAGAAAUUGGCCAUUACCCGAGCAAAGGCAGCUGCGCCGCCGAGUAUGGAGCCACUGGCGAGUCACGCCGUCUAUCCACGCAUCGUUUGCAGACAUUGCCCUUCUGAAAGCGUGAUGACGACUGUAGUAGAAGCCAGUACUGUGC